UUACCUAAUGUUGUUGUUGUUGUGAGAUGGGAGUAAGGGAAAAAAAAAAAAUCAGACGCGUUGGGCAACGCGUCCAUUAUCACCAAAUUUUGUCAGUCAUGAAUGCGUGAUGUCACUCAAAUCCACUGACCUCGCGGCAUUUGAAAUCCCUCUCUUCCAAAAAGUCUCAAAGUAAUAAAGUGAUUACGGCUUCAGUUCAAUUACACCAGGCAUUCCACUCGUCAAGUCCCAACAUCAUCCCCGUUUGACCAUUGGGAAUAUCGUCAUGCUGGAGGAAGACACCUUGGCCAACUCUUUCUACUUUGACUCCGCUCCUCCCAAAACACUGCUAACUCCGUCCAACGCAAUGUCAGCAUCCAUGUACAACUCUCACUUCGAGGACGACGAUGACCCAUGGGGAAGUGCCAUUGCAACUGAUCCUGUGGUUGAUAUGGCACGAAGCCUGAGUAGGCAAGCUGCUAUCAAUCGAACAAACCCUAGUCCUGGAUUUACCGACGUUGAUGAUAUCAUGGCCACCGACACGACUGCCUCGAGUGCUUUAUCUGGCGUUAAGCUACCUCCUAUCUAUGAAACCGCCUUUGCACACGCUGGUCCAUCCGAUGGUAAAGUGUCACUGCAGGCAUUGAACCGUGUUCUAUCGCUUGGUGGUACUCAUCCCUACAUGAUUGAAAAGAUCACCAGCCUAGUAGUACCUGGCCAUGCCUCCUAUGUCACAAAAUCUGAAUUUAAUGCAGCUCUUGCAUUACUUGCACUGUCUCAGAAGAACGUUGAUGUGUCCGUCCUUAGUUUGUCUCGACACAGACAUGAUCUACCGCUUCCCGUACUCAUAGGGGUUGAAGAUCUGGAGAUUAAGCAGUCGCCGUUUAAUUCGAGGACUCCUCAAUCUCCACAACCUGCAGCCGAUGAUGACGACCCUUGGAAAACGUUAGUAGCGGUCGAAGCCCAUUCAAAUGGUAGCUAUGCUCAGGCGGUAGUAGCCGCGGCAACAGUUCCAGCAGCAGCAGCAGCACCUAAGCCUGUCGAAAAACCAGUCGAACCCUACACUAAACCAGUUGUCAAAGAAACAACACCUGUCGUCGAUACCAAACCUCAACCUCCACCUCAGCCUAAACCGCAGCUUACAAAACCAAUUUCUGAAUCGCCCGUUAAAGAGACGCCAGUAUCCCCUAUUGCAGCUCCUGUUGCGUCUCCGAGAACUAUAUCCAGUCAUCCACCACCCUCUCCAUCCAACAACAAGACAGCACCAUCCACCAUUGCACAACGUGCAUUGACACCUGAGCGACCUAGGGUCAGAGGGUCCACUGAUAACUAUCAGUGGUUUUUGGACAGAGACCUUAUCAAAGUCAAUGUUGCGCCUGAGAAGGAAGGGUUUUUAUUCAAACAUAUCAACUAUGUUGUGGAAAGUCAGCAACGAUCGUCCGUGGUAUUGAGACGAUACAGUGACUUUUACUGGCUAUUGGAAACGCUUGUCAAGCGGUAUCCCUUCCGCAUUCUUCCCAACCUGCCACCCAAGAAGCUCGGUGGUAUGGAUGCUGUGUUCUUGGACAAGCGACGCAAAGGGUUGACUCGGUUUGUCAAUUUUUUAGUAUGUCAUCCUGUGCUUGGCAAAGACGAAGUGGUCAAUAAGUUCUUAUCGGAGCCGUCCGAGUUACUGGCUUGGCGACGACAACAUCCCCCUUCGAUUGAGGAAGAAUUUGUGAGACUCAACCCGGAUGUCAAGGAAAUGCAAAUGGAAGUACCGGCUGACUUGGAUGAACGACUUGCCAAGGUUGGCAACAACCUUACUGUUUCCAUAGAGCAUUACAAGAACAUGUGUUUUACGGUUGAACGAAUGAUUAAGCGAACUGAAGCUCAAGUGGUGGAUUAUGUUCGAUAUGGCUCAUCCAUAAGAUCCUUGGUCGAGAUCACGCAAGCAUGCUAUCAGCCAGAUUGCGAACAAUGUUCUCAAGUUGCUCAAGGAUGCGAAGCGGUUUCCGCUCAUGUUAUGAAAGCCAGUACGAUUUUGGAAGACAAGUCUGUUGCAGCUACCAACGGAAUUCUAGAAAACUUGAAGCGUCAUCGUGACCUUUUAGUAUCAUUCAAGGAGCUGCUGGAUCGAAAGGAGAGGUUGGCCGUCAACCAGAUUGACGCUCUGAACAAGCGGAUAAGCACAAACCAGACCAAGGUAAAUCAACAUAGAGGUGUGCCUGGUCUAGAGAAUGAAGUCGAGCGGCUUGACCAAUCGCUGAAAUCGGAUCGCACCGAACUCGAACUACAAACCCGCCGCCAGAUAUACAUUCAAUACUGCAUGUACAAGGAGCUAAAGUAUCUCCACAAACAACAAGGAUUCGUGUCGGUCAUGUACCAAAGCUUUGUGAAUGACCAAGUCAAAUUCUCACAACUUAGCUUGAGCAAUUGGAAGAACCUUGAAGAUCCCGUGUACCAGAUGCCGGCCGAACUGCAAUGAUCCCCCCACCCACCCCUGGUUUAAGUAAACAUGCCGCCAGCUAUAUACCUUCUAAGUCAAUGAACCGCCAAAGUAAUAUCCCCUCUAUGAUUUUGAUUUGGCUUUAUAUAUUGUAAGAGAACAGAGAA